GAGAUGUGGACAAUGCGGCAGCCCAAGCAGCCAUCAACUCUAGCAGACAGUUGCACUACUUGCUUGCGAAUCUGACGACAGACUCUGCUAGGUUGAUCGUGCGACAGAACUUGGAUUCCAAUGGGCUUGAACUGUUCAAACUUGCAGUCGCCACUUCCUCCACAAGGAUCUGUUUCAGCAGUGACUUCACAGCCGUCCAAAACUUUGACCUCAAGGAUCGAGAGGAUCGACGGGUUCCUGUUGAAGACUUAUUGAAGGCUUGGCGUCAAGUCGAGUCACGGAAAUGGAACUUGCGGAUGGAACCAAGCGGACUUCCACCGACAAUUGGCCAAGGACGUCGUGUGUCGAUGAAAACUUCCACUUUGCCACAGUCACUCAGUGAGUCGAAGGAGGCAACAGAGACAAUAGAGAAGCGUGUCGACUCUUCUUCGCGACUUUUUUCUUCUUCGCGACCUUCAAAGCCACUUUUGGCUGAAGACACCUUCGUCACCAAGUUGGACAAGACAAAGGAAGGCACUUUGGAGGACUUUAAGAUGCUUGCCUUACAAGCAGUUUCUGACAUUGACCCUGCAGCUUCUCAGCAGUACGUUCAUGACCGGUGGUUGGACUUUCCUGCCUCGUAUGUUCGUGUGCACCAUGAGAAGAGUAGAACUAUGUAUGUGCCACCUGAGGAUCAGGGUUUUGCCUCUCAUGACAUUGAGGAGGCACGCGUGACUUUGAUCAUUCAUGACAAUGGGGUCACGUCAUGGGUCAACGACAAUUGGCAUGAGCAUGGUGAACUUGAGGUGGACAGAACUUUUGUUGAUGCAACAGGUUUUUGCAAAGUUGAUUGGCACUUUGAUGAUGAUCCGGUUCGUGCUGUUGACGGAGCGUCCAAAGAAGACUUUGCUGCACAAGAGCCUCCGGACGAUGACAUAGAGCUGGAGAGCCCAUUGCCUGAUGGCUUGGCGGACUUGCCGGCUGCAGGGAGCGAAAUGGAACUUGAGAUCGCUGGCAUGAAGAAAGAGAUGGAAUCCAUGGUUAACUUUGAUGUCUUUUCAGAAGCGCCUGUUGAAACUUUGAGUGCGCACGAACUUUCUCAUGCAAUUUCUUCUCGGCGGGUGAAGACCCGCAAGCCGGAUGGCACAGUGCGUUGCAGACUUGUUGUCCGUGGUUUUGAUCAGGUGGUUGACGAUCCUGAUCAGACUUUUGCGAGCACUCCAAGCCUCACGACACUUUCGGUUGCUUUCGAGUGGGAUGUUUCAACCGGAGACAUUUCCACAGCUUUUCUCCUUGCCUUGAUCACAGGUGAAGAGAUUUAUGUCAUUCCACCUGCUGAAUACUAUCCAGAUCAGAACGUGAUCUGGAAGUUGAAGCGUGGACUUUACGGCUUGAAGAACUCCCCCGAGACUUGGCAAGCAAGACCACUUUCUGACCGUUAUGAAGAAGCUCAGCUGAAAGAACUUUUGUUGAAGAUCACAGGUCACCUUGGUGAAGGUCAAGAGGUUCAAUUUCCCGGCCGUGACAUUCGGCGAAUUCCUGAAGCAGUUGAACCUUCAAUGAGCCAGACCUACGUUGAGAAGAUCCUUGAAGCCUUGGACAUGCAGGACUGUCGCUCAGUCACGGCCCCAGGUGUAGACACUUUGAAGAAAGUGGCUGACUUCCAGCAAGUUUCUCCAGAAAUGCAGGCAAUCCCCUGCAAGCACUUUGAAACCUUCAAACUUUCGGACAGUGGCCUUUUGAAGCUGGCAAAAAGCUUGAACUUUGAAUUUGGUCCAGCUUUGGGUUUGGAGCCCGUGGCUGAAUUCAAACUUUGGUUGGCUCUUCGAAGCAGGAAUCAGCUCUUUGAUCUCAAAGAAUCAGUUUUGCUGGACGCCCAUGGAGACUUUUGUUUGGACGUCAAGUAUUCAGACUUUGCCAUUUUUGAACUGCAACUUUGGCUUCCAGAAUGCUGCUACUUGCAGAAGAUCGAAUUGCUUCAGGUUCAAUUUCAACUUGAAGACACUGGCUGGUGGACUGGCAGAGGCAAGGGGCUUCUCUGCGAGAAGCCAGCCUGCGGCCAAGUCGCUGCGCCGCUCGGCUCUUUGCGCCCUUUGCCUUCCAGCAGACCUCCCACAAAUGUUGGCGACGACCACGUUCGCGGCACUGUGAUAGCACUCUCUGGAAGCGUCGUGGCGGCUAUCGUGGUGUUCCCGCGGCCGAAACUCACCCACCGCGUUCCUGCGCAUAGACCUGAAGUUGUUCUGAAACUGAUUACCAGUAACGAUCCGCCUCCAGUGAACAUUCGUGUAGUCAUCGGUAAGGCUGCUGCCACUUCUGCGGCUUACAGACCGCAGCCUGGCACCAGUCAGCUCUACGAAUUCUGCGAGCUUCAGACUCUGAUGCCACGAAAUUUGCACCAGGUUCAACUGAGAGACGUGGACCUUCGGUGCCCAGACAGUCCGUUAGCCAAGAAACUCCGGCAACGCUUCUAUGACAUGCUGCGAUACAACGUGAAACUGGGAAAGCGGACGUUGCCCGAAUUUCGUCCUGAUCAGUCUACGUCAACCUAUAACAUUCAUGUGCUGGUGUCUUCGGAUGGGCAGAGACUGGCUUUACGUGCGAAGUUGCUUUAUGAUCCAAUUUAUCUUCGUGUGCCUGUGGUGGAAGACGGCAAGGUACUUUUCCGAUUUGUCAUCGUCGUCGGACCCAUGGCUGUAGGCGCGGCUUUCAUCGGAGUUCGCCGUUGUGCACUAACAGAAGACGCCUUUGAGUGGACGCAC